AUGGGCAUGGGCAUGGGUAUGGGUAUGGGUAGAGCAAUUGUCGCUAUAUCUGCCGUGCUGCUCACAGCACGCGCGCAGAACAUUGUCAACUCGCCCGGCGACACGGCCAUCAUUCCUGGAUGGAGUAUGCAGUCAUCGUUGCGUGCACCGCCUAACCUCUCUUCCCUGUCGCUGCCUGGCGAGGACGUCGACCUCUCCUCAUGGUACCGCGUCAGCUCGCGCGCAACUGUCAUGGCCGGUCUCGUGGAGAACGGCGUCUACAACGACACGACCCUCUUCUACUCGGAUAACAUGGAGACCAGCAUCGUCGACCGGGCAGCGUUCGAUGCGCCCUGGCUGUACAGGGAGGAGUUCACCGUCGGGAAACCCGGCAAGGGUGAGCAUCUCUUCCUCAAAACGCACGGUAUCACCUCCAAGGCGGAUAUCUAUCUCAACGGGGCGCUGGUUGCGCCGGCUGCCGUCCAGCAGGGGUCAUACGGCGGCCACACCUACGACAUCACAGGGAUUCUCCGGCCGGGACAGAAUGUGCUGCUUGUCCAGGCGUGUCCGACGAAUUACCUGCGUGACUUUGCGCAGGGGUUUGUGGACUGGAAUCCGUACCCGGCUGAUAAUGGAACGGGCGUCUGGCGCCAUGUGGAGGUUUCGAAGACGGGACCGGUCUCCAUCUCGUCCCCUCGCGUCCUGACCGACUUUGCGAGGCCAAAUGGGAAGCCCGUCACUGUGAAUGUUCUCGUGGAUGUCACGAACCAUGACACCCAGGGAGUCAAGGGGCUUCUCCAGGGGACCAUUCAAUUGGACUCGCUGGACAUCCCUAUUUCGCAGACGUUUUCAAUCAAGGCACACGAGACGAAAGUGGUCACGAUCAAUGCGAAGAUAUCCAGCCCAGAGAUCUGGUGGCCUGGGCAAUGGGGAUCCCAGCCACUGUACACUCUCAGCAUCAACGCAACCGUCGCGAAUGCGGUAUCUGAUGUCGCCCGUCCGAGGCGGUUCGGCGUCCGCCAGGUAACCUCGCACCUCAACGCGCACAAUGACACCGCAUUUACAGUGAACGACGCGCCAUUCCUGGUUCUCGGAGGAGGAUACGCGCCCGACCUGUUUUUGAGGUUCGAUCGCGUCCGUGUCCGCAAGAUCUUCCAGUACAUGCUAGACAUCGGGUUGAACACUGUCCGGCUGGAGGGAAACCAGGAGCAUCCGGAGCUGUACGAUCUGGCAGACGAGAUGGGAUUGAUGGUGAUGGCUGGCUGGAAAUGCUGUGACAAGUGGGAGGGAUGGGAUUAUAACAAUGAAGCCGAUGGUGACAAAUGGACCGCAAAGGACUACCCCGUCGCCAACGCGUCCAUGAUCCACGAAGCAGCCAUGAUGCAGACGCACCCAUCCAUGCUGGCCUUCCUCGUCGGGUCGGAUUUCUGGCCCAACGACCGCGCCACGAAGAUAUACCUCGACGCGCUGCAUCGCAUGGACUGGCCUGUCCCCAUCAUCGCGUCGGCCAGCAAGCGCGGAUACCCGCAACCCCUUGGGCCAUCGGGGAUGAAAAUGGACGGGCCGUAUGAUUGGGUCCCGCCAAACUACUUCUACGGCGAUCAGAUGGGCGCAGCGUUUGGAUUUGGGUCGGAACAGGGCUCAGGCGUAGGGACGCCCGAGCUGCCCAGUCUGAAGAAAUUCUUGUCCCCGGCCGAGCUGGAAUCGCUCUGGAAGAAGCCCAAGCAAGACCAGUACCAUAUGUCACGCUACGAUUCGUCCUUCUACAAUCGCGCGCUGUACAACAAGGCGCUCUUCGCCCGGUACGGAAAGCCAGGGAGUCUGGACGACUACUUGCGCAAGGCACAGAUGAUGGAUUACGAGACUACGCGGGCCGAGUUCGAGGCGUUCUCUGUCCGCCAGAAUGCGACGCGUCCGGCCACGGGGGUCGUCUACUGGAUGCUCAACAGCGCCUGGCCGAACCUGCACUGGCAGCUGUUCGACUACUACCUCAGUCCCGCGGGGGCGUACUUUGGCGCCAAGGUUGGGGCGCGCAUGGAACAUGUCGCCUAUGAUUAUGAAGCGCAGGCCGUGUAUCUGGUCAGCCAUGCGCUACAGAGCAGUGGUGCGCGCGUCGUCGUCUCGGUCGACCUUGUUGAUCUGCAGGGGCAGUCGAUCUCGCACCAGGAGGUCACGGUCGAUAGCUCACCGAGCGCGUCCAAGGUAGUAGCGACGGCGACAGGCAUCGACCAGCUCAAAGACGUGGGAUUUCUUCGAUUGAGACUGCAGGAUGUCGAGACUGGCGCCGUCCUCAGUCGAAACGUGUACUGGGUCUCGGCUCACAACGACGCCCUCGACUGGGAUCAUUCCGACUUGUACUACACGCCUGUGACGAAGUAUGCCAACUAUCAAGCACUGGGUGCCAUGUCCCCGGCCAGCAUUACUGCUUCGGUGAAGCCGCUGCCGGCCCAGAACGGGCUGAACCAGGUCCAAGUCACUCUCGACGACGCUUCCACCAUUCCUGCAUUCUUUGUGCGGCUUGCAGUGUUCGACAAGGACACUCAGGAGGAAAUCACGCCCGUAUAUUGGUCAGACAAUUACGUAACCGUCUUCCACGGCGAACAGCUGACUUUGACGGUCGCGUUUGCGGGCGACGUGAGUCACAGCCAGAUUGUGCUGUCGGGGGGGAACGUGGGGAGAACCGUUCUAUCGCCUGCGUAG